UGUGACUCGCCCAGGUAGGCUUGAAGGUUUUGUAGCACAACAGGAUGAUAACUGCAAGCGCUUUUAACAUGGAAAAUAAAUUGGAGAUUUUGAUCCUUGAAGGUAAAGUACCUGGUUUGCUCAAGUCGUGUCGUUAUUCAGAAGCGUUGGAAACUCUUGGAAAAAUUAACCUUGACGACACCGACACGUGGAGGAAGAUUUAUUUGCUUUUAAUGCGACUCGUCUGUCAGAUAGAACUGGAAAAUAAUCACAGUGCUACUAAGACGCUGCUGAGUAUUGUUAACAGCACUAAAAGUACGCAAGUAACGGGAGCAGAGCUGGAUAGAUGUGUAGACACAUAUCUAUUGGACGGCGAUAUUAUACCUGCAUUCGCACUUUCCUAUACAGCGUGUGAAUUAUAUAAAUCAGCAUCGAGUCCCACUGAAAUUGAAAAAUGUGUCACGAAAUUGGCUGAGGCUAUCGUCAAACCAAAACCGCCGUCUAAAUCCAGAGGCAUUGACAUCAAGAAAAUACGUAAAUUUGUCAAAAGUCAUCUAGUCCCUGCGUUGCUCGAGGUAUCAAACGACCUGUUUACUAUGGAAUGUAUAGGAAACGACGAACGCACAGAAUUAUUCGGGAGUUGUGUAUAUAAAAUUUCUCAAGUUCUCUAUGAACUUCGACAAUAUGAAAGGGCAAUUUCAAUUUAAAAAAAAUCGAUCAAGGCCCUAAAGUCAUGUCAAACGUCGGUGGUACUUGGUGAUAGCAUCAUGUUACUUGGCUCUAUCUUACAAACGAAAUGUGGUACUUCGGAGGCCCUUGUUCAGUAUUACGAAGCUAGAAGUGCUUUUAAAAGCAUGAACCAAUCUAAUGGAUCCGGCGAUUCGGAAAAUCUCACCAAAGUUGAAAAUGCCAUAUAUUACUGCGAAUGGUAUCCA